AAAAAAAUCUUCAAUUACGAUUGGCAAAAAAUAUUUCAUUAGCAUGGCGUAAUCUAUCCUAUGAAGUUAAUGUCGGUUGGUUUGCUAGUGUUGGUGGUUUUGGUGAACGAAAAACCAUUCUGAAACGCUUAAAUGGACAUCUUAAUUAUCAUAGUUUGAAUGCAUUUCUUGGUCCAAGUGGUGCCGGUAAAACAACAAUGCUUAACUGUCUGAAUGGUACACAUUCAAAUGGUAUGACAAUUGAUUCAGAAAUUUAUCUAAAUCAACAUGAUGAUGUGCCGAAUAUCCGUUAUGUUGAACAACAUAUACAUGAAAAUAUUAUCGGUAAAAUGUGUGUUGGUCAGAUAUUAUAUUAUGCAUUUCGUUUCAAAAAUGAUGCAAAAUAUUGGAAUCAAAUGAAUCAACAUAUACUUUCGGUGUUGAAUGAACUUUUACUCGAUAAAACCAUAUUGGAUAAUCAUUUUGAGAAAUGUUCCGGUGGUGAACAACGACGUAUUGCCAUCGCACAGGAAUUAAUGUCAUUGGAAAAGCCAACGUUUUUGUUCGUCGAUGAACCAACAACCGGACUCGAUAGUAAUGCUUCAGCAUUGGUCAUGCAAUGUUUACGAAAAUUAGCUGAUAAAAAUCGAUUGACUAUUCUGGUUUCAAUACAUACACCAAAUUCAGACAUUAUGACUUUAUUCGAUAAAGUGUUUAUUCUGGCAAAAGGUGGCGUUUGCAUCUAUUCUGGACCACCAGAAAAUAUGCGUGAUAAUCUUAAACAAAAAAUUAAUAUCGAAUUCAACAUUGAAAAGCCACCGAUUGAAGAAUAUUUGGAAUUAGCUUGUAAAGGCAUUGCAAAUGAUCAUGUUUGUCAAUUAGCUGAUUCAACUUUGUACGAAGAACAUGAAAAAUUAGAUCCAUUAGUUGAUAAUCUGAAAUUCAUGUCCAAUGGUAUUCGACAACGACGAAAACAAUUCCUAUUUGGUGAUCUAUUAUUACAAAUAUAUCGAAUGUUUAUAAUAACAUUCAUCGAUGAAUACAGGAAUUUCUUGAUGCAAUUUCCAUUUUUUUUCUUCAUAAUCAAUUUUAUUGCAACAUUUUUCGAUCAAAAAAUAACACAUGCUGAAACAUGUUAUUCAUUCGAAGCUGAUGAUGGUGAUUUCAAUAAUUUAACAUGUCGCGAUAGAUUACAUGCUGAAGCAUUGACCAAUGAAUAUCGGAUAAAUCAAUGGCUAUAUAUGACAUUGGUAUCAUUAAGUAUAAUGUGUAUGAGUAGCUUAUUUUUCAAUCCAAUACUCAAAGUAUUUCGUAAUGAACAUCGUAAUAAAUGGUAUAGCCUCGGUACUUUCUAUUGGUCAUUCACUGUUGUACGAUUUAUUGAAUUAACUAUAAUUGCUUGUCUUAUCAGUUUGGUUGCAUAUUUUGCCAUCGAUCAUCUUUAUAUUGAUCAUUAUCAAAUGAAUUGGAAUCGUUUUGCAAAUUUCUUCUAUUUUAUAUGGCUCAAUAAUUUAUAUCAACAAAGUUUAGGCUACUUAAUUUGUUUGAUAUUUUUAGAAAAAAUUGAAGUUGCCAUUUUAACAUCAUAUAUAUUGGUUAUCUGUGAACAAUUUUUCACCGGUUAUAUGUUUAAUCCAUAUAGAAUGAAGAAUAUGCCGUCGAUAUUUCUAAAAAUUUCAGAAUUAUUAUCAUUUAAAACAUGUCCAAAUGGAUUAAUGUAUACAAUAUAUGGAUUGGAUAGAUGUGAUGAUAAAGUUGAUCAAACAAAAGUAUCGUUUGUACUUGAAGAUUUUGGUGUUAACGAACAAACCGUAUAUGAAGAUUCAUAUUUUAUGAUCAUCAACAUUGUCAUCAUUCGUUUUCUUGUAUUCAUUUUGAUGGUAUAUCAUUUUAGCGGAAUCUUUCGAUCAAAAAGAUUUCAAAAAUCUGAAAAUUCCGAAGCAAUCAAAUCAAUUGAUUAUGGAGAUUGUUCUAGCAUGAAUGAAAAUAUUGAAAAUCUUCACAAAACUGUUCGAAUCAAAAAGGAAGAUGAACUUGGUUUUGAACAUUUUUCUCGACAUAAAAUUAUUGUUGCUUGGCGAUCGCUUACUUUGUUUGGAACUAAAUCCAUCUACGAAAUUCGAAGUGUAGAAAAAGAAGGACCAAAUUCUAAACAAAUUCUGAAAAAUUUGAAUGGUCAAUUCCAUUUUGGCACCAUUAAUGCAUUGAUGGGGCCGUCUGGUGCCGGAAAAACUUCACUUUUAAAUGUUCUUAACGGCCGGUCUAAAACUCGAUUAAGCGAUAAUACCGAAUUCUUUCUCAGUAAAUUUACGCCCAUACGUGUUUGUUAUCUUACACAAGAAGUUUCUGGCCAUUUGCUACCCGGUUUGACAGCCAAACAGAGUUUGAUUUAUGCAUCAAUGUUGAAAAAUGCCAUGGAAAAAGAAAAAUUGAAUCAUGAAGCAAUCGCUAUGAAAAUUCUUAAAGAAUUAGAUCUGACUGAUACAAAAGACACUUAUGUGCAAAAUUGUUCCGGUGGUCAACGGAAACGUUUGGCACUGGCUCUGGAACUGACAUCGAUGCGUAUGCCAAACUUGAUUUGUAUCGAUGAACCAACAAGUGGUUUGGAUUCAAGUUCAGCUCAAGUUGUCAUGUCAUGUUUGCGACAAGUGGCUCACCAUCACAACAUUUGCAUCAUCACAUCGAUCCAUCAGCCAACUGCCGAAGUGUUUUCCAUGUUUGACCAGGUUUAUGUUCUAGCUAAAGGUGGUGUAUGUGUCUAUUCGGGUCCACCAUCCGAUAUACGUCAACAUUUGACCAAAGUUUCAGACCGAAUGGAUCAAGAUGAUAUCUUUCCAGUUGAAGAGUUGAUCAAAUAUUCUUGUUUCGGAUAUAAAAAUGAAUUCGUAAAAAUGUUGGCUCGUUCAUCAAGCGAAACAAUUCUAACAAAAGAUUCAUCUUUAUCUGAUGAAACUACACCCGUAUUGGAUGGUAUACCUACAAAUCAUAAUCGUUUUACAUUAAAAUCCGUUGGUGUAUUAAUACUUCGUUAUAUACAUUAUAUUCAUGGUUAUCUAUGGCAAAGUAUAUGUAUGAUGUAUGGUCUAUAUUUAUUUUUUGCUAUAUCACUAACUAUCAUAUUUGAUCAUAAUAUGAUUUAUCAUGAUGGUUGUGUAAGCUUAGAAGAUGAAUUCAAUAGUACCUGUAAUCAAACACAAGAAAAAGAUGAUGAAGAUUUUGAUCUACAAGCAUCAUUCACAUAUAUUUGUUGGUCAUAUGGUCUAUUUAUAUUUUUGGUUCUACUUCAAGCUUCAAUUAUGUUUUCAAAGGAAAUUGUUUACUUUUUCAAUGAACAACGAAAUGGUUGGUACAGUACUGGUUCAUUUUAUUUCAUGAAAAUAUUUACAGAACUAAUACCUAUAAUUCCGGUCAUUUUCAUUUAUGGUUAUAUUAUCAAUAUAUAUGAACCGAUAUUACCGAACAUUUAUUAUCCAAUAAUUUUUUAUCUAAUUCUUGGCACAUUAGCUGCACAAGCCCUUGGACAUUUGAUUGCCAUAUUUACAUUAGGUGAAUUUAUUGCCUUAAUCAUAUCGAUACCAGCAAUACAGACUGUAGCAUUAUUGUUCAGCAAUAUGGCAACACCAGUUCGACGUUUACAUUAUUUAUUUCAAUUUUUAUCAAAUUUUUCACCAACACGUUUCGGUAUUGAAGCAUUUUCAUUAUUACAAUAUGGAUUCAAUCGUUGUCGUCGUAAACAGGUACAGAAAAUUUUAUACUUAUUAGGAAUGGAAAAUGAUGAACAUGAACAUCAUUCAUCAUUUCUAAUGAAUACGAUUAUCAUGUUAACAUUUAUCGUCCUUUUCUAUCGUAUAUUGGCAUUAUUAUUGUUGAUAAUGAAAACAAAUCGAUAUGAAUGUCGUCGAAAACGUGCACAAAAUAUUGCCAAUUAUCAUCGAAAUCUUAAAUCAUCCAAUGUAUUCAUACCUGGUCUACAAUGUCAUAAUGAUCUGAUUAUUCGAAGAAUUCAAAUUUGAUUCUUUUUUUUCUCUCUCUCUCAAAAAAUGUACUUUUGUUUGUACUAACAAGUACAAUUUAGAUUAACUAUUCGAUUCGUUUUUCUUUUCAAAAUUUAUAAUUUUAACCUUGGAAUUUUAAUUUAGAAAUAUGAAACAAAAUUGACAAAAAAAAAAUUGAUAAUCACAGUCAAUGAAUGAAACCAGAAAACAUGCUGUUUCCAUGAAUGAGAUGAUGAUUUGACCAUUCAGUAUAAACAAAGAAUGAUUGAUGAAAGAAUUUAUUUAUCAGUAAAGAAAAAAGAAAAUCAAUAAUCAUAAAUUAUCAUAAAUCAUAAGUUUUGUACAUUUUAUUUCACAUGUAUAUAAGAUCAGCCAAAAACUUUUAGUAUCAUUCAUUGCAACGUAAUCACGUAUUGAAUAGUGUCAAUCAUCAUUAAUUUCAAACUAUUUUA